AUAAACCUUUUCUUUGUCGGAAAAUCUUUAGGGAGGGUUUCUAUUUAAUUUUCCUGUCUCUGUGCCGCCGUGACUUUUAUCGUUUCUUCUGUCGCCGUCAAAGUUCACAUUAUCCGAAGACUGUCAAGUUCUGAACGAAGGAUCAUGGAAGACAUCACAAAUCCGGGCCUUGUCGGACAAUUAAAGAAAGAAGCUCCACAGCUAGCAGCCGUGUUAAAAGAGAUGAAGAAUGGUCUAGAUGUGGUUACGAGCAAAGUGGAGGCUCUCACUGCAAUGGUAAAAGCAAACAGUUUCCCGACCACGGAUGGGAUAAGUUACCUAGAGGCCAAGAAUCUGUUACUUCUCAGUUAUUGCCAAUGUAUUGUAUAUUAUCUGCUAAGGAAAGCAAAAGGAUUCUCUAUUGAUGGCCAUCCUGUUGUAAGGAGCCUUGUAGAGAUACGAAUGUUUCUGGAAAAGAUUCGUCCCAUAGACAAAAAACUUCAGUACCAGAUUCAGAAGCUCACCACUGCCGGUGGGUCUGUGACAGAACUAGCUCAAUCUGAGGGAAAGGGAUCGGGUGCUGCCCAAAAAUCUGAAGAUCUUUCAGAUUAUAAACCUAAACCAGACUUACUUGCUGACAAAACUGAGGAUGAUCAAGAGGACGGAGUUUAUCGACCACCGAAAUUUGCUCCAAUGUCUAUGGAUGAUAAGACAUCAAAACAGGAAAGAGAUGCUGCCAGAAAAGAGAAACACUUUUUAAGAGCCACUGAAGAUACAUACUGGAAAGAUGUGUUGGACGAUCUUGAGGACAAGCCUGAAGAGAUCAGGGACUUUUAUGGGGCUGAGAGCAGGGAGCAGAAAAGAUUCAUAGCACAGUAUGAAAGGCAACAACAGGCAGAAGAAGAGCUCUUCACCCGAGCACCUCGCACUAAAGAAGAUAAGAAGAGAGAGAAGCGCCUGAAAUCAAGCAGCGGGUUGCUUGGUCUAACCGAGAAUUUUAUGGAUGAAUUCAAGUUCUUGGAUAAGGAUGGUGAACAGCCUGCAAGCUUUGGCCGUAAAAGGGGAGGGAAAAGAAAGACAAGGCACUGACUGGUUCCUUUGGCUGCUUCACUGCGCCAAUUUUGUUGCCAAGUUAUGAUUGAAAGUAAUGAAUGUGAGAACACAUAAUUUGCAGUUUGACUGUUUUAGUAUUUGGUUCAUGGUCUUGUAACUUGUUGCAGUAAACUUCGGAAGAGACCUUUUCUCGUUAGCUAAAUUUAGCUUGUUACCACCGAAA